UAAAAUUCAAAGUUUACAUUAUUGCAAUUCUGGUAAAAGUUCUGGAAAACUUGUAAAUUUUAAGUUGAUUAACAUUACGCGAUUUUGGGCUAAUAAAAUUAUUGUUAAAAAUAUUUUUUAAAUAUUUUUUGGAACUAAUCAUAUGGACUCCUAUUCUGUCUGAUAAUUUGCAGAAGUUUAAGAUCCUUUCAACUGGGUGUAAAGAAGAAUACUCAAAUCUUUAUAAUUCGAUAGACUUUACUUUACGGGCUUCAGGAAGCAAAAGCAUCUAAGUUAAAUUCAAAUCGAGAUUUUAACUGAGGUAUAUGGUUAGCCAUAUCUUUGUUCACUAACUUAUCUGGACGGAAUCAUAUUGGCUUUAAGCAAUUUUCACUAGCUUAUCUGGAGGAAAUCACAUUAGUUUUGAGGUAAUCCAGUUUGUUUGUUUAAGAAAAGUGAAAUGUCUCGCAGGUUGUCAAUGUUUGUGAAUAUGGUUUCACGGUCAUUUAGUAAAAGAUCUCGAAAUAUUCCAAAAGCUGCUGUUACAGAGCAACGUGACUUAAAAGAGAACAAACCUGAUUACACUUACAAUAAAAAUGGUCGUGAUGAUAACCACAAAUUGAAUACCGAAAAUUGUGCUAGUCAGCAGCCCUAUGUGCACAAUAUUCGCAUGGACGAUAAAUAUGUUCAAAAGAAUAUUGCGUAUGAAAAACAUUCAAGUACAGCUACAGCACGCAGCCAUAAACAGAAGUCAUCAAGUACUCCGGAAUUAAAACAACCCAUUCCACAAAGCUCGAUUGCACAAAAAUACUAUGAAGCAAUAAACCAAAAACAAGACCUCCCGAAGCAAUAUGUUUCUGCUCAACAUGAUCCAGAAAAGAAAGGUCAAAAAUCUUAUACUGAUAAGAAUCAUAUUAAUACUAAGCGGGACUACAAGGCAGCCGUCGAGACUUACGAAAGUAAGAGCAAUGCCGGACAGUCUAAAGAAGUAAAACCUCCUACUAAAUCUAGUGUAACAUCUAAUAUUAGCAUAAAUUCAGAAUUUCUUAAGAAACUAAUCGAUCAGGAGGCGCGACGUGAAGAAGAUCAGCCUGUUAAGACACCCAAAUUAAAGAAGCGAUGUAGAAUAUGCGAAUAAUCACCCAACAAUGGACUCAAAACAAGAUUGGACAUAUUUUAAGGAAUGCUUCUGAGGUAUACGAUAACACGGAAAAGUGUAAGCUUUAGUGGAAUCAACAAAAAAUAAAAUUCCGUUAUCGGCUUAUGGAAGAAAAUUAAUUUUCUUGCAGAUGUUGAACAAUGAAUAGGACGUUUAUUUGCAAUAAUCUACAUAACGUUUUUAAUUGCAAAAAUUUGAGUAGUUUUUAAACGAAAUUUUUUGGAGAGUCUUUGUAGAUGAAGAACAACAAAAUUUACAUUUGUUAAGAUAAUUGUUCGGAAAGCAUUUAAUAGCUUUAAAUAUUUAAAAUCA